AUGUUCUCUAAUAAAAAUAUUACAUUACAGAAGAAAAGUUUAUCCUGGUUACAAAAACCCGCAGUCAAAUCUUUUAAUAAAAACUUUAGGGACUACCUAUUAACAUCAACUUUACAUGGCUUGCGAUAUAUUGGAGAGCGGAAAUUAACUUGGUUUGAAAGAUUCUUUUGGCUGGCUGCGUUCGGUUCAUCUCUUGUGUGUGCCGCGUUCUUUAUCUUAAACGUGUACGCAAAAUGGAGCAUGUCUCCAAUGAUUGUAAGCAUCAACCCGCAGAACAUGCCGCUAAAUGAUCUGCCCUUCCCGGCCAUCACUAUAUGCAACGUCAACCAAGCAAAGAAGUCUGUAGCAGAAGAGUACCUAAAGACCGGCAACUCUGUGGACAAGAAAUUAUUAGUAAGUUUGUGCACAUCGCAAAAUGAUGCUGAUAUAUUUGAAGAUAAUAUAGCAGAAAGUGCUACUUGGGAUUAUACACGCACCUUUCUCAUAAAUGUGACACAGCCGUGUAACGAGAUGUUGAUAUUAUGUGAAUGGGACUCCCACAUUAGAAGCUGUCGUGACCUGUUCAAUGCACAGUUAACUGACGAAGGCCUUUGUUGUACCUUCAACGUCGUCCAUCGGAAUAUGAUGUUCCGAAAUCCAGCCUCUCUAAAUGAUUUGAAUCUGACAUUUCCAUUGCCAGCUGUUGAUUGGACACCAGAAGAUGGUUAUCCAAAUGAUGCUCCAACUAAUGGAUUCCCUUGGAGACCGCAAGGAAUUGGCACCCAUCAUGGCCUGUCAUUGAUAUUAGAUGCAAACAUAGACGAAUAUUAUUGUUCCUCUACAAAAAGCACUGGAUUCAAGAUACUUCUCCAUAAUCCAACGGAAACACCAAAGCUAGCGAAUCUAGGAGAAAUAUAUGGAAGCGGAACUGAAGUGAGAGUAAGCAUUCAACCCAGAAUUCACGAUGCCCACCCAGCGCUUCAGUCUAUUGACAUACAAAAAAGGUUGUGCCUGUUCUCCAAGGAAAAGGAAUUAAUUUUUUAUAGGACCUACACUCUGAAGAACUGUGAAAUGGAAUGCGAGGCUAACGCUAUGAUAAAUCAAUGCCAAUGUGUUUAUUAUUAUAUGCCCAAAAAUAAAACAACGCGUGUAUGUGGGAAAGCUGACGCCAAAUGUUAUGCGAAUAUGACACGAGCUGCGAGUGUACGAACUAAAGAGUGCAUGGAGUGCUUCCCAGCGUGUACCGAGAUAGCUUACUUCGAACGUAUGAGUACAGCGCCCUUAAAUAAGAGACUAGUCAAACAGCUAGCAAGAACGUUUAAGAAAACAGUGGAAUACUUUGCAGAAAACAUGUUGGUUGUACAUUUUUACUUUGAUGACGACACAUUCACGCGACUGACUAAAGGUGAAAUAUUCGGACUCACAGAAUUCCUAUCGAAUACUGGCGGUCUGCUCGGUCUGUGUAUGGGCUUCAGCGUGAUGAGUGCUGUCGAAUUGCUGUAUUACUUGACAUUACGAGCGCUAUGCAUGGGAAGGCGGGAGAGACGACCAACCCAUCCUUUUACUACUUAAGUAAUAAUAAGUUCAUGUGCGAUGACACAUGCCCAAUUUAAUGUAGCAAAUACAAAUACACAGUCACCUCAUAACAUAUAUGAGACACUAGUUUAAAUUAUACAAAAUCGAACUUGAAAAUAUAUAUAAACACAAAAAGGGUCCUUCCACGUAGUGUCACGUGUCAUUCAGUAAUAGCACAGAUAAGA